AUGUCUCAUCAGGGUGCCGCGUUGCAAAACUACAACAACGAAUUAGUUAAAUGUUUCGAAGAUCUGUGUAAGAGGCGCGAAGAACUUCAGCGGCAAAUCCAGCAGGAUGAAACUGAGCGGGCCCGACUGCAGCGUGAAAUCAACGUUCUAAACGACAGACUCACGAACGUCAAUGAGUCUCUCCAGAAAAAACUUGCAACGCGAAGUGAAUAUGACCGCACUAUUGCCGAAUCGGAAACAGCCUACAUGAAA